ACAAGAAAUCAGUCGGUUAAUUCAUGUGCUUGACAUCAACCAAGCAGGACCAAUUACAGCCAAGCACUAAAAAAAAUAGUACAGGAUAAAAAAUAAUAUGGAGCACCACCACGUGAUGGAUCACGAACACACCACCGCACAUCAUCAUGACGACUCCGAUGCAAGCGGACAGACAGGCAUGGAUGAGUGUAACUCGAUGGACCACAGCGGGCAUGGUAUGAUGAUGAUGAUGACAUUCCAUACCGGGUACUGUGAAACGGUGCUGUUUGACAGCUGGAAGGUGAGCAGCAUAGGUGGGCUGCUGGGCUCCAUGAUUGGCAUUUUCAUCAUGGCAGCACUGUAUGAGGGCCUCAAGUACUACAGGGAGUACCUAUUCUGGAAGACUUACAGCUCGCUACAAUACAGGGCCGUGUCAAUGCCUGCAGAGAAGAGGAUCAUGGAAGAAGAUAACCGGAUAGUACACAUGGUGGGAGAAGUGAUACACAAACAACCGCCAACGAUGUUCAGUCUCAUGCACGGUGUUCAAACAUUCCUACACAUCAUUCAGAUUGUGCUCAGCUACUUCCUCAUGCUCAUCUUCAUGACUUACAAUGUCUGGCUCUGUCUUGCUGUUGUCAUUGGCGCUGCCGUCGGCUACUUCCUGUUUGGAUGGAAGAAGUCUGUCGUCGUUGACGUGACAGAGCACUGUCAUUGAAACUGAGCUUCCAGAAUGCAUGCAUAUUUGCAUAAAAAUAGUCCUAUACAAUACUGAGGGGUGCUUGCUGACACAAGUCUUGAUUUUGGUACUUUCAAUAUUUCAGUUGAUUUGCUGACAGCAUUCCAUUACUUUGUCCGAAGUAAAAAGAGGCAUGCCCCGACUUUAUUUUACAUUUAUAAUUCUGCAGAGGGCAUGAUUUGUUUGAGCUUCCAUUUGCUGUCAUAUUUAUUGUUACAUUUUAAGAGACUGUGUUUUAAAUCUUGUGGUAUAUUUAGACAAGUAAAUUUAUCUUACACCAAAAGACAAGCUGAGACCUCGCAAGCAGUUCGGUCUUACCACCACCUCACAUCUGUCUUAUCACUAGUGCUGGACCAAAAAUAUAAUAAAAUUGGUACUAAUCCUCAUAUGCUGUACAAAGGCAAGAUUGUUAAAAAUGUUAUAUUAAAAGCACAUGUAUUUUAA